AUGUCAGAUAUCCUCGAGGAUUACCCGGAGUACGCCAAAACCUCCUCUCUCGAUGCUCUCCGAGAGAUACAUUACGCCCACCUCGAUCGACAAGGCCACACCUACCUCGACUACACAGGAGCCGGACUUUCCUCUGUGGAGCAGCACCGAGUCCACGCAACUCGUCUGGCUAGCACGUCCUUUGGAAAUCCUCAUUCGGAAAGUCCAACGAGCAAGGCUUCCACAGCCUUGGUUGAAAAUACUCGUGCCCGUAUCCUCGCUCACCUUCGCGCCGACCCUGCCGAUUAUGUUGUUAUAUUCACACCAAAUGCCACAGGGGCCGCUCGUCUCGUGGCCGAGGCGUACCCUUUCCGCCGACGGAGCCGCCUCGUUCUGACCUGCGAUAAUCAUAACUCGGUCAACGGCAUACGAGAGUACGCCCACCGCCGCGGGGCCAAGACUGUCUACAUUUCUUGUCAGACGCCUUCCCUUCGAGUCGACACAUCUUGUGUCGAGAGAGGCCUCCGGCCGCGAUGGAAGGUCCCAGGAGAAAGAAAAAAGAGGGGUCUCUUUGCAUAUCCCGCGCAGAGCAACUUCAGUGGCGUCCAGCACCCAUUAGCCUGGGUGCAGCUGGCGCAGCAGAACGGCUAUGACGUCUUGCUCGAUGCAGCAGCGUAUCUCCCUACGAAGAUACUCGACUUGUCGGUUACCAAGCCAGAGUUCGUCAUGGUGAGCUGGUACAAGGUAUUUGGCUACCCAACUGGUGUUGGCUGUCUGGUCGUCAAGAAAGACGCCAUGGCCCGGUUAGAGCGGCCCUGGUUCUCGGGCGGCACGGUGGCUGCGGCGUUCGUGGGGAACGGGGCGGAGUGGCAUGUUCAGCAGGUUGGCGAGGCUGGAUAUGAAGAUGGUACAGUGAAUUUUCUGUCGAUUCCAGACGUGGCUUUCGGCCUGAACUGGGUCACAGGCAUCGGCAUGGAUCUCAUACAGCUGCGCGUUCGGUGCCUGACAGGCUGGUUCCUGGACCGUCUGUUGGCGAUGAGGCACAGUGAUGGGUUGUCCAUGGUGCGGUUGUAUGGGCCCGACGUUCUGGAAGCAAGGGGUGGUACCAUAUGCUUCAACUUUGUCGACGCUGCCGGUAGCGUGGUCGACGACCGUCUCGUCGGUCUAGAAGCUGCUGUCGAGGGCAUCUCGCUUCGUACGGGCUGCUUCUGCAACCCGGGGGCGGGUGCGGCAGCCUUUGGGGUAGAUGGGGCGGCUCUACGACGGAUCAAGAGACUUCGGCCAGGGCUUCGGCCGAAGUCUACAGAUGAUAUGACGCGCAUGCUCGGUUUGCGGACUUCAAGUGCGGUGCGGGUGUCUUUUGGGCUGGCUUCGACAACACUCGAUGUCGAGAAGUUUAUGAGCUUUGCGGAGACGAGCUAUCGGGAUCGAGUCGUCACGGAAAGCCAUAUACCAAGGGACGGUUGUUAA